AUGACACUGGGAGCUGAUUCCCAGAAUGCUACUCUUUCUAUUUUUUCCUUUCCCCUCCUUAUUUCAGUCUACUCUUUCCUUUCUAGUUCUGUUCCAUUCUCUCCUCCCUCACUAUUUCAACCAACUCUUUUAUUUUGUUUCUUCUUCCCCUCACUAUUUGAAUCUAAUCUCUCCUUUCCAUUUCUUUCCCAUUACCCCCAUUUCAAUCUACUCUCUCCUUUACAUUUUUCUCCCUUCCCUAUUUUAUUCUACUCUCUGUUUGCCAUUUCUUUCCCAUCCCCUCCCUAUUUCAAUCUAGUCUCGUUUCCAUUUCUCUCCUAUUCCUCUUUCUUUAUCUAUUUCUUCUCAUUUACAUUUCUCUCUCUCUCUCUCUCAUUCCCUAUCUCUAUUUAUUUGUCUAAUCUUUUUAUUUUCUCUUUUCCCUCUCUAUUUCAAUCUAUCUCCUUUACAUUUCCCUUCCAUCCCCCCCCAUCCUGUCUAUUUCAAUCUCCUUUCCAUUUCCUGCCUAUUCUGCCCACCCUGUCUAUUUCAGUCUACUCUCCAUUUCAUUUCAUUUCCAUUCCUCUACCCUGUCUAUUUCAAUCUCUCUCUCUUUAUAUUUCUCUCCCAUUCCCCCCACUCUGUCUAUUUCAAUUUACUCUCUUCUUUUUAUUUCUCACUGUUUAA